CCCCAUUUCCUUCGUGUUUUUGCAAUUGAAAACCAUUUUUUUUGCACUGAAAUUUGUUUGCAAUUGAAAACAAUUCGAUUUUUGCACUGAAAACAAAAAAGGCACCUGCAGAAAAUGCAUCCCAGGGAAGCGGAGACGGGCUGCUGGGAUCUCUUUUGCAACCGGUGGUGAAGAAAGAAAGCGCGUUUCGGUUGUUUUGUUUGUUUUUUUUUGCAAGGAUUAGAGGGGGCGGGAAAAAAAGGUUCGGGACAAAGAUCUACAAGAGCCAAUAUAAACCAUCCUAACUACACUUGGAGCUGGUUUUUCGCUUCGUCCAGAUCGUUAUCGCUGCUCGCCCUUUUAUUUUUUCCCUCUUGGGUACUGAAGACUGCAAGGUGAAACCUUUUAGUAGGUUGCAGUACUAGCUGUUGCAAUCCCUUCAACCCCCUCCUCCUCCUCCUUUUUGCUAGCAACUAAUUGCACGGACCGGGGUGGGGUUAGGCGUGGAAGUGUAUUAGGAGCACCCAACGAUCAUCAAAUCAAAUUUCAAAAGUGAUCGACGCCCUGUUGUGUAAAAAAAUUUUUUUUCCCAGGCUUCUGCCUUUGAGGAUCAUGCCAUCAUGAAGAACGAUUCGCCGGCGAUGUUGGCUGCCGUGGCUAGGGCGAGGGGCCUAUUAAGAAGCAGCGAGCCCAGCCUUCUCUGCCCAGCGGCACCCCAAGCACUUUCCUUAUUAGAGGAAGCGGCUGAACUCCUGGUUUUGGACAGGGACUUCGCGGCAGCGGUGGACAGAUGUGAGAAAGGCUGCCAGAGCCUCUUGGAAAGCGAGGGCGAUUCUGACGGAUCCAGCUCUGAAGAUCUGAAAUGCUCCUUAUGUAUUGUUGGCAUCCAAGCUUUGGCAGAAAUGGAUCGAUGGAGAGAGGUCCUCCCAUGGGUCCUUCAGUACUACCACAAACCUGAAGGUUGGCCUCCCAAAAUUCUGGAGCUCUGCAUCCUCCUCCAUAGCAAAGUGGAAGAACCUCAUGUGAUGUUAGAUGUUGGUCGGGACUGGUUAUAUUGCCCAUCCAAUCCGAACUUGUCAAGUUAUGGCCUGUUGGCUCAGCUUUAUCUUUUCCAUGUGCUCUUGCCACUCGGACACUUUUUAGCGGCAGAGGAGCUGAUCCAAGAUUGCAAAGCUUUGAGCCAGGAGCAGCGAGAAAACAUGCACAAAACCCUUCAAGAGAAGAAGCAUCAGUGGCUACAGAAAGAAGAAGCAUCUCCAAUUCCUGAGGAGCAGCCAGAGAUGUCAUGGAAGCUGCAGUUGGGUUCAGUGUCUCAGAGGAUGUUGACCAUCUUGGGCCAGCUGAGAAGAGUGCUGGAGUCUUUGGCAAGCCAUUUCAGCUUCAUCCCCUUCAAAAAGACACUUUUGGUGGCCCUCCUGUUGUGCCUCAUUGUAUUGAGACUUGACCCAGCAUCCCCUGCUUCUCUACCCUUUCUCUACAGGUUGACCCAACUUUUCCAUCAAGCUCGUUUGGCUUUAUUUCCUCCAAGUAGAAGACCUCCUGUUCAAGACUAACUUGCUCUAUUGUCAUCUCUGGAUACCAUGAAACGCUCCAGGUUUCAAGCCAACACUGCAGGUUUGGGGGCAAUGCUGAGCUUAAAGCUACAGGAGUUUCCUCCAAGACCAAGAAUGUCUUCUGACAGUAGAUAUGGCUGGAUGAAACACAAGAGUCCAUAUGAAGAGGUGUCUCUUUGUAUUAGAACGUGCUUUUUUGUGCUCAUUCCUGUUUAGAAGCAUGUUCAUUUUAAGUGAGUGACACUUGCUUCCAAGUAAACUUUGAGAUCAAAGUGUGGCAGACUGUUUCAGGUGUUUUUUAAAUCUUCACUUUGGCAAGGAGACAUUAAAUGUUUUUUUUCUAUCUGGGAAAGACUGUGCCUGCCUCUCCUCUCCUGGUAUACAUUUGUCAUGCAGGAGUUCUUCUUCCCUUCUCUACUUGGCUGGGAGGUCCUCCAAACCAAGAAAGACACCUGUUGAUUCUUCCAAAGAUUUCUUUAUUGUUUCACACCUAUAGACAGCAUCUUGCCAGACUAAAGCAUUCUACAAUCAGCAUCAAACAUAUUCUCUGAGAACAAUUAAGGAGAUGAUGUCUCAGUUUCUUUGUUUCACACACACUAUCUGAACCAGGGGUGAAAUCCAGCAGGUUCUAACAGGUUCUGGAGAACCAGUAGCGGAAAGUUUGAGUAGUUCGGAGAACCGGCAAAUACCACCUCUGGCUGGCCCCAGAGUGGGGUGGGUAUGGAGAUUUUGCAAUAUCCUUCCCCUGUCAUGCCCAUCAAGCCACGCCUACAGAACCGGUAGGGAAAAAUUUUGGAUUUCACCCCUGAUCUGAACUGAAUUGCCUCUUAUUCGUCUGGAACAGGGAUCUCCAACCUUGGCAACUUUAAGGUUUGUGGACUUCAACUCCCAGAAUUCCUCAGCCAGCUUUGCUGGGAGUUGAAGUCCACAAGUCUUAAAGUUGCCAAGGUUGGAGACCCCUGCUCUGGAAUAUAUGUACAUCCCUCCUUCAUGGAGAUCAAAUCCACAACAUUCCAUCACACUGGCUGCCUCCAGAUGGGAUGGACAACCAAUCCCAUUGCCCUCAUUCAUCAGGUCAUAUAUGGAGAGCAAACAGUUGGUGCAGAUUCCAUUUAAAAUUUAUGAGUGUUUUUGCUCAAAGAAGAGGAAGUGAUUCCAGAGAAAGCAGAUAAGCCAUAUCUGGUUAAGUGGUUCUCUCUUUAACUUUCAUGACUGAGCUUCCAGGGCAGCAAGCAAGUUAUGAAAUAAUCACCUUAACCCCAUCCUUCCUUUCAUCCCUUUAUCCCUCAGAGGGCCUGGGCCUUUUUGUGGGGAGUAGACAUAGCUUUUCCUGAUUUGGUAGUGAAACUCAGAAUCAUCUUAUCAGGGAGAUGGGUAGCAUAUAAAUGUAACUAUUUUAUUUUUUUAUUUUUAAAAGUUCUUGCUAAUGAGCGAUAGAUUCUUUUGAUCUGUGCAGGUCUUUACUUAAGGAAGAGCUGUAAUGCUUUUAGCAACUUUUGUUCAUUAUUUUGUAAGGGUUAGGAUGGGCAAACAAUCAUUUUCAGGGGUGGGAGAAAUUUGCAAAUGGCGUUACAUGUUUAAUAUUUAAAUUUAUAUACCGCCCUUCUCCCGAAGGACUCAGGGCGGUGAACAGCCAUAGAUAAAAAACAUAGAAUACAAAAUUUAAAAACAAUUUAAAAUAUAUUAAGCAAUUUGGCCCGACAGUUAAAAUCCCCCAUUUAAAAUUCAAAUUAAAAUUACACCAUUGGAGAGUUAGGCCAACCCGGCUUGAUGAAAUAAAAAAGUUUUGAGGGCCCGACGGAAAGUACGUAGAUCCGGAAGCGUUCGUAUCUCCGGGGGGAGCUCGUUCCAGAGGGCAGGUGCUCCCGCAGAGAAAGCUCUCCCCCUGGGGGCCGCCAGUCGACAUUGUUUGGCCGACGGCACCCGGAGGAGCCCCUCUCUGUGGGAGCGUACUGGCCGGUGGGAGGCUCUUGGUGGCAGAAGGCGGUCUCAUAAGUAUCCAGGUCCUAAAUCAUGGAGCGGUCUAAAGGUGGUCACCAACACCUUGAAUCGCACCCGGAGGACCACCGGGACACAUGUUGUUUAAACCAGUUGCUGUCCCCAUUUAAUGUUUAUAGUAGGGACGCAGUGGCUCAGUGGCUAAGACGCUGAGCUUGUCGGUCGAAAGUUCAGCAGUUCAAAUCCCUAGUGCCGCAUAAUGGGGUGAGCUCCAGUUACUUGUCCCAGCUUUUGCCCACUUAGCAGUUCAAAAGCAUGUAAAAAAUGCAAGUAGAAAAAUAGGGACCACCUUUGGUGGGAAGGUAACAGUGCUUCGUGCGCCUUUGACGUUUAGUCAUGCCGGCCACAUGACCAUGGAGACAUCUUUGGACAGUGCUGGCUCUUCGGCUUUGAAACAGAGAUGAGCACUGCCCCCUAGUGUCGGGAACAACUGGCACAUAUGUGCAAGAGGAACCUUUACCUUGAAUGUUUUAAAAAGUGUUUUGGUUUUAUUUGUUUGGCAUCUUUCGUCUUCUCUACCAAAGAGAAAGUAAACAAAGAAGAAUGGAAUACUACCAAGGCAAGAUACCCACUUAUAAUGUUUUUUUUUCUUGUUUUCAAAUCAGUCUUGAUUCUUGGCAACUACAUGGACAAAUGCCAGGGGUUUUCUAGGCAAUAUUUUCAGAAGCACCUUGACCUUGUCUCCUGCUUCCUAAGGCUGUAAGGGUGUGACUGGCCCAAGGUCAGUCAGCUGGCUUUCAUUUGGAAGGCAGGAUUAGAGCUCAAAAGUCCUUGCUCUCAGUCCAGUGCCUUAACCACUAAUGCAAAACUGGCUUGUAUCUGCAUUGAUUGCAAAAGUAUCCCCAUGCAUUAGAAAGCCACAUUUUUAUUUUACUCGGGAUACAAAACAUCUGUUUGCAAAGAAUGCUGAUGUAUACUUUUAUGCUUCAACUGUUUGUUCUGAAUAUUGAAUGCUGUCCAGAGUCAAAAUGAGUGCUGCAGUACGACAGCCUUAGAAAUCUAAUAAAUGAAAUAAAUUAUUUUCCUUCUUCUGUAA